UAAUAUCAAUUAAACGUCUCACAGACCAUGAUGAUAUGUUUACUGAUGUCAAGCAAUUUUUUAAGAUUUUGAUGUCGAGAUAAUGUCAUUAUUGUAAUAUUUGCUGACUAAUGGCAAAUGAUCUAGACAAAAAAACAAGAAACUCAAGCCUCAAGCCAGUUAUGACUGAUGCAUUUGUUAUCACUGGUUCAAGGCCACCUUCAGCGAGUGGCAGAGCCCGUCCUUUGUCAGGGAGGACACGCAGUGGAUAUCAUAAAGUAUCCGAAUCGGCAAAUGUGGAUGAAACUUUGUUCAAAUCUCAUAAUUACGCAACACACUCUACAGACCAUGGAUUUAAAUAUCCAUGGGUCCAGCAGAAUACCAAAGAGGAGAAAAAGAAAAAUAAAGGACCCCCACUUUUAUGGUCACCGUCGCCAGUAGAUAUGCAUAGAUAUGAAAAAAAAUCUCAAGGUGUUAUUUCUUUAAGGAAUUCAUCUACCAGUCAGUCAUCAAAAUCAAAACAUAGACUUACUAGACAUACACCAACUUUCGUAGAUGAGUCAUUGUUUGGAGAAGGAUUACCAGAACCAUCGUUUGAAUCACCGUGGGCAGAUAAGGUUAACAAGGGUGCACCGAUAUACUGGGCGCCACAAGAGAGCUACAACCGACAAAUGACGCAAGGAUCUAUAAGAGAUAAAAAUAAAAUGGAACCAUACAUUCUGGACGGUAGACCUCCUUCUAGACAAGGACCAAGGCCAGGAAGUUUUAGGAACAGACCAUUAACUGUUGAGAGCAUGACUAGCGGAAAGUCAAAUUCUGUAUGGAAGCCUUAAUUACCAAAAAGAUAGCUAAUGUUAAACAUGAGUUGUAUCCCUUUUUUUUAUAUAAAUAUUCAUUUAGCUUUUAGUUUUGAUUACAUUAUGCAACAGUUUUUUAUUUAUUUUUUAAACUUAUAUAAUUAAGUCCCCUUGACACUUUGAAGUAUUGGAUUUUUUAUAACAUAACAAAGUUACUUUCAAAAUGUAGAUGAUGACUUCCGAGAAGAGGGAGUCAACUAUUAGAUACAUUACAUGCAGGGUUUCCCCUGGGUCAAUUAUUUUUUUCGCCAACUCUUUCGCCAAAACAAUUUAUUUUUCGCCACUUUAUUUUUUUUUUCGCCAAGUAACACAAAUAUAUUUUUCUUUUAAAAGUUUCCUUUUUUUUUCUCCAGCCACCCUCCCCCUAAAUAAGAAGUGGUUUUUACAACAAAACGAAGCAUCUUAUCACUUGGAAUUGAUCCCUCGUGUAAGUGAAGUCAAUUCAUUGAAGGGUUACUUUCAUGCCAACCUUUUGAAUAGAUUUCUUCAUAACGACAGUUUUCUUUUCUAGACCAUCGUAAAUAAGUAAAACUAUAUGCUUGAAACACGUGUGUCACUGAACACUGAUACGAUUUUGAAGUACACACUGAAAUCAAUGAUCUAUAUGAAAGUUAAAUGAUAAAAUUUUAAAUCAGAGACUUUUCUUUCUUUUGAACAUUUUUCGUCAUAACAACAAUUUUCUUUUCUAGACUAUCAUUAAAAGAAGGAGAGGAAGCGUAAAAAUUUUGCAAACACGUGCGUCGCAAAGUUGCUAAUAAAUCCCUUUUGUGACAUGUAACAGAAGCCAUAUUAUUUUGUCAUAUCAUAAAAUCAACACCUUUAUUAAUUAGUCCUUUGAUGUCGAUAACUAUGAAAGCAAUCAGCUGAUUAUUGAUUUUCUGUCAAAAUCUUAACAAGUUCAAGGUGAAUUCCGAGUAUUGUCUGAUAGGUAAAGUUAGAGAAACCUGGAAAAAGUAAAUAAACAAGAUGGCUGAAAAUAAAUCGUUAUAUAUAUUUCUUUCGCCAAAUUCUUUCGCCAAUGACGAAUUUUAAUCGCCACAAUUAUUAUUUUUUCGCAAAUUGCGAAAAUGGCGACCGCCAGCGGAAACCCUGGAUACAUGUAUUCUAGGAAUGGGAGAUAGGUAUCAGAAUUUAGAAAACAAUAGUUAUAUUAUAUCAUGUUUAUAAAAAUGUGUUGCUCAAUAAUUGUUUUUGUAAAAAUGUCUUUUUAAAUGAUUACUAAUCAUGCUAAUUUAAUAGAGUAUGUUCUCACCAUAAAAUUUUGUUGUUAUAAAAGAUGCUUAAAUUUUACAGCAAUAUCAACUAUCAAAACAGCAUUAGGUGACAUCUUCAAUGAUCAAUACAUGUAGCUUUAUGAAGAUGACACAUGUAUUUACAAAAAUGUAGAUAAUGAAUGGCAAAGGGAGAUUACUCUAUUGCACAAAAUGGCCUGUUAUCAUUGUCCCUUAGUUUCAGUAUUUUGUGUAAAAUAACGCCGUAAUAUAGACCCAAUUUAAGUUAAUAUGUGUAGCCGUGUAAAGUUUUAAUAGCUUGCAACAAACAUUGUUUGGACCUCACUGUUUUCUUGGUGUUUUAUGUUAAGAAUUCUUCUCUAAAAUGUAUGUUAAUUUGAAUGUUAUCCAGUGUUCUUGAAGUGAAUUUUAUCAGAUAAUAAAUAUACUGUAACACAAAAAUUUUGUACAUC